AUGGCUCCGAAUUCCGAUAGCACCGAAGCAAUCGUGCUAAACUUGGUGAACAAGCAAAAUAGGCCACUGAGUGCUCAAAAUGUGGCUGACGCAUUGCAAAAUAUCAACCUCGAGAAGGCAGCUGUACAGAAAGCUCUGGAUACUCUUGCUGAUAGCGGGAAGAUUUCGUUCAAGGAGUAUGGUAAUCAGAAGAUAUACAUUGCUCGUAAGAACCAAUUCAAAAUUCCAAAUACCGAACUGCAACAACAGCUGGGUGAAGUAGAGAAGGCACUCAGUGAAGUUGAGAGGGCAAUCAAAGCUUUAGAGUCAAAGUUAACACUGGAACAGAUACAUGAAAAAGAACCCAGACUAACAAUGGAGUGGUUGAUGUAUUUACAGAAGGAACUUGGAAUUGAAUAUGAUGGAGGUAUGGGUGUAAGCUUGCAGUCAUUUGGUGGCUUGCUGCAACAAGAUAAGAAGCGGAAAAGAGGCCAGUGA